CCCGUCUCUCUCCUUCCCUAACCUUCCACCCACCGUUCUUCUCCCGCUCGACUCACCACUCACCACACGUGACGCCAGUAUCAAAUUUUUCAGCUCCAACUAUCUUUCACCACCAACCACCAUGUCCGGAAAGGCUGCUAUGAUCAAGUUAAUAGUGGGUGCAGGUAAGGCUGCACCCGCUCCACCCGUCGGGCCCGCCUUGGGUUCCAAGGGUGUCAAGGCCAUUGAUUUCUGUAAGGAGUUCAAUGCCAGAACUGCCCACUACCAACCAGGUACUCCCAUUCCAUGUGUGCUUAACGUCAAGGCUGACCGUACGUUCACGUUCGAAAUGAAGUCACCACCAACCUCGUGGUUGUUGAUGCAGGCUGCUGGUGUCUCGCAAGGAGCAGGAAAGGCUGGCCACGAAAAUGUGGGUGAGAUUUCCUUGAAGCAUAUCUACGAAAUUGCCAAGAUCAAGAAGACCGACGAAAGACACAAGGAUGUGGACUUGAAGUCUGUGGUGGGUGCAGUGUUGUCCACAGCCGAGGCCGUGGGAAUCACUGUCGUGCCAUGAUCCGAUCUCUUCUAACCAUUUGUAAAAUAGAGCAUGUAUAUAAUCAAUAAACCUAUUCGGCUACUGAAGCUACUGUAUUCGCCAUGGGGAAACUGGUGCUCAUGACAGAUCCAUUUAGACAUAGUUAGCCUGACAGUGAUAGUAUUUAAUAUCCAUCGAUAUUGAAUUACAGGGUAAACUGGUUCUGUUUCCGGUGAAGAAG